AUGACACCCUUAGCCACCCUCCCCGAGGAGAUUCUCCUGCUCAUCUUCGACUUUGCUGAUCGUCCCUCCCUAAAAUCACUUCGUUUUACCUGUCGUCCUAUCUCUACGGCGGCCACCGAGAAGCUAUUUCAAAAGAUACUGCUGUAUCCACACGACAAGAGCAUUGACAGGUUCACGAGCAUCGCUAACAGCGACACCCACUUGUCCCAACUCCCCCGUCACAUCCACUUUAAACCGUAUCAAGAGGGUCACUACGUUAUCCACGACUUGGAUGACCCCAACGCACCCAACUGGGGCACAGUCAGCUCACAGUUCUGGAAGCUGCCAAGGGUGGACAGUGCUACGCUGCAUUUCCCAGAGAACUGUGACGAAUCAUACCACAAUCAGUUAGACAUGGGAUAUCAUUACCUCCGUAUGAAGAUAAUUGACGACUUCUUCGCGGCAGUGGUGGAGAUGGUCCCGACCCCGCGCAAACUAGCUCUCGGGUUUAUUUAUGAGACUCCCGUUGAAGACGACCACUUCACUCGCAUCCGCCGUGUGCUGGAAGGGCUGCAUACCUUCCGUCUGGGGAUCUUAUACAGAAUAUUACCCUCACGCAUAUCCUUGGAAAUACAGUCGAAGUGGCUGAGACCCACAGCGGCGUCUCUGCAGCAACUUGACCUCAUGUUCAGUGCGGGCCAGCCCGCCUGGUCGAUUUUUAAUGUGUCAGACAUGCAUUUUCCGCAGUUGAAAUCGCUCACGCUGCGGGGGUGUACCUUUGCGGCCGAGGCGCAAAUGGAGUGGAUCGUGAGCCACGCCGAUACUCUCCAGGAGGUGGUACUGGAGAACUGCCGCAUCUUGAUUCUCGUGGACAUCCGCGGGGGUAGCAUUGCGAAGGCUUCUUUCAAGGCGGUGGGGAUGAAGUUGAGAAGGAAAAGCGGAUAUCCGAGCCGCAAGGAAGGCGGAUACAGCGCACGCUGGAAGGACGUGUUCGCGCUGUUCGGAGAGCAGCUGGGACAGCUGCUUCGCUUCUGCAUGGGGUGGCGGAAACGCGGUUCAGACGGGUGGUGUGCUGAUACUGUGCCGGUGCGGAAUGUGUUGCAUCAGUGUCGAUAUACGUCGUUCUGUGAGUGGUAUAACGACCAUGAUGAGCAAAUGCCAUACAGUACUACUGGUAUUGGGAGGUUUGGGAGGAUGGGAAUCCACUGGUCUGCUAACGAGGAAAGAACAUUGGCAUCGAGCCAGUAUCAGCAAGACCAUGAGGCAUUGGCGGAGUUGUUGCGACGGAUUGGAGAUGGGGGGGUGAUUGAUUAG